GUAAAAACGAAUACAUUUUUUCUGUAAUUAUCUUUUUUUAAUAACACUAAUGAUUGAUUUUCGUAAAGAAACAAAACGUGUAUGCAAAAAGGAGUUUUUAAAAGGAAUUAGAAAUAUUUACGCCCUCAUUGAUGAAUUAGGUGCAAGUAUCGUCAAAUCUGCUAAGUUAGAUCGACUAAUUUUUAUGGCUUUAAACGCUGAUAAACUAAAAAACCAAAAUAUGGAAAUGCAAUUGAAUGAAACGAGAAGAGAAAAUAAACAACUAAUAGAUAUGUUACAAUUAGAUGAACGUGUUGACAAAGACCUUUCAAGAACAGACUCUAACACUUCCUGCGGUACUGUAAGUUUAGUACAUUUACAAUACAAGUAUGAAGAAUUGGUCAAAAAUCAAAAUGGUCUUUUAAAAAUAUUAGAUAUUCGGCAUAACGAAGUACGUAAAUGCCAAUCAGAGAAUGCACGGUUAAGACAAGAAAUUGAAAAUUUUAAAUUUAUGAUCCAGAAGUAUGACAUAGAAUUUACCAAACUACUAGAUCAGGCUAAAAGGACUAAAAAUAGGAAAAACAAAAAGAUUCACAAACUUAAAACUGAACGGGAUACUUUGCGUCUAGUGCAUAAUAGGUUUGUAAGUCUAUUAACAGAGCAAUCAAUUGAAAAAGACAAUGUAUUAAUAGAAGAACUCCAGAACGCAUCAAGUUCAGAAAAGGCUUUGCUAAUUCAGGAGGUUCGCAAGAAUAAUAUUUUAACAUACGAAAAUUUCCAGUUACAGCAGAAACUAGACUAUUUGCAAUCUAAAUUAAAUUGUAGAAAACCAUCAACAUCCAGAACAAGUACAAGUUUAAGUCAAUAAUUUUAGAAUUUAACUGUAGGGUCAAACAUAUUUAAAUUUCUG